AUGCGCCCGUUAGUUAGGCGUUGGCGUUCUAUGGGACACAACAGUUUCAUUUAUUUGGACGAUGGUUUCGGGAGUCGACCAGACAAAUGUUCUGCCGUGGCAGCUAGCUUAAUUCAACGUAAAGAGCUCUGUUCAUCUGGUCUUCUUUGUAACGAGGAAAAGUCUCACUGGGAUCCAGUUCAAAUUGGCGAAUGGCUAGGCUUCGUUAUUGAUACUAUUUUAAUGUGUUUCCGGAUUCCCGAGAAGAAAGUUCUCAAGCUUAAAGGCUUGCUAGAUUCUGCGAUUCAGGAUGGAUUCUCUUCAUUUCGCGAGUUAACGAGAAUAGCAGGCACUAUCAUUUCAGCUGCGUUAGCUGUUGGUCCAAUUUCUCGUCUUUUGACCAGACAAAUAAUGUACUUCGCCGUUGAAACCAUAUCGGCUUGGGAUGACAUAAUUCAUUUUCCUCCGAGCCUUUUACAAGAACUGAAAUUUUGGUAUUGCAACAUCGACUGCUUAAACGGCUAUUCUAUUAGGCCACCGUUAGCCACGCAUACCGUUGUAUUUUCCGAUGCUAGCGACGUAGCGUUCGGAGGAUUUUCGGCUACUUUAGACGGCUCCGUCGUUAGCGGCAUGUGGGAGUGUGAGGAUAUCGGCCAAAGCUCUACGUUCCGCGAGCUGAAAGCAAUUUGUUACGUGUUGCUUUCUUACGUGGCUCAACUGAAACACAAGAGAGUUAAAAUCUUCACUGAUAAUCAGGCCGCCGCCAGAAUAGUUGCUAUCGGAAGCUCCAAAUCUCACCUCCAGGCCCUGGCUAUGGAUAUUUUCCAUCUUUGUCUUGCCAACAGCAUCGUUCUCGAAGCCCAGUGGAUCCUUAGGUCUCUUAAUGAAAGAGCAGAUCUUCUUAGCAGAUUUAUUGAUAAAGACGACUGGUCCAUCAAUCCCUCGGUAUUUCGACUUGUCGACGCUAAAUGGGGCCCUCACACAAUUUUCGUCCUAUUACAAUGCCCAGCUUCCGAGGUUCAACUAUAAAUUUGCUUCCCCAGGUUGCAGCGGUGUGGACGCCUUGGCUCAGGAUUGGCGACAUGAGAAUAACUGGGUUUGCCCUCCGGUGGGUGCCAUUGUGCCUGCAGUUAGUGCUCUCUCGUCCUGCUCCGGUUACGGCACUUUGAUCGUUCCACAAUGGCCUUCGGCCUAUUUUUGGCCUCCCAGUUCAAGUCUUUUGUUAAAGAAGUGUUUGAGCUUCCUUGUAUUGAAGACCUCUUACUGGAGGGUCCAGGACAGAAGCAGAUUUACAAAGCGCGUCCGUCGGUGUUCAGCGGCUGCCCGAAAUUUAAAAUGUUAGCUUUGCGGAUAGAUUUUAGGUGAGCUUUCCCAUUUUUGUCUCCCCUAGCUUACAGCUCAUUUUUGUCGGUGUUUUUUAGGUUUAUCUUUGGCAGCGUAUUUUUGCAUGAUUUGGCGGUGUAUUUUUUGCCUGGUUUGGCAGCGUCUUCUUGGCUCUGAGUUCGAUGCAUGUCCGCUUCACCACGUAGUUUGCCUGUUUUGGCGCCGUCAGUUGGCCUUAUUUUAUGUUUUAUUUUAUUGGUCUACAUUUGUUUUAUUGAAUGUUUGCUAUUUUGUUGAAUUUUUUACUGUUUUUUACAGCAUUACCGGGCCCAGCCAGUUCGGCUUCCGUUUGUCGUUGUUUCUCAUUACAUGUCGUUUUUACGCUGUAGUACUGUCCGUGUUGCAUGAUUAUGAUGCAGCAUCAUAUUUUCUACUGUAUUACAAUUUUAAAUGUUUUGCCUUUUCCUGCUUACUUUUAUUUUAUUUUUUAGAUGUUCUCCAAUCCGGGAUUUGGAGUGAAGCGAAUUUUUUGGCCGAUCCAUCCUUGCCCAAGCUUGUUCCAGACCUUCUCCAUUUACAGUUUGAGUCCAAAGCUGCCUCUACCGUGCAGAAGUAUAGAUCUGGCUGGAUCAGAUGGCGUGAAUGGGCAGAUUCUAAGAUUGGCGUUUCAGAUAUUCCAGCGAAGCCACUGAACAUUGCUCUCUUUAUCAGCAAACUUACUGCUGUCUCUAUUUCUAAUAAUACGGGGAUAUCCCCUAUCGAGUCAGUUGUUUAUGGUAUUAAGUGGGGUCAUAGUCUGGCCGGUAUUGUAGAAUGCCCUACUGGUCACCCCCUUGUUAAGUCGUCCUCGGAGGGUGCAAGAAGGAAGCUUGCUCGUCCUGUUCAACCCAAAGAGCCUUUAUGCGUUGACACAGUUUUAAGGAUCGCUGAAUAUUAUAUUUCUAGUAGUUCGCUUGCCGUUAUUCGUUUUCUUUUCGUCCUCUUGGUUGGCUUUGCUGGGUUUUUUCGUGUGGACGAAAUUCGCAAUUUGACAGUUAGAGAUGUCUCUAUUUUCAACGAGUACAUGUCAAUUUUUAUUCCUAAACGCAAAAAUGAUCAGUAUAGAGAAGGGCAUACGUCCUUUCUAGCUAGGUCUCAUAAGGCUACUUGCCCAGUUUCUAUCACCGAAAGGUUACUUAAGCUUUUCCCUUCAACUUGUGAGUCAUCUUCGCCCCUCGUUAGGCGAAUCGUUAAAACUAAGUCUAGGGAGUGUUUUCAUGCUUCUAGAGGAGUUUCAUAUUCAACGCUAAGAGAUGAAUUUAAGAAAUUUGUUAAACCAUUUGUAUGUGACAUUGCUCUUUACGGCACGCACAGUAUAAAGUCUGGUGCCGCCUCAAAUCCUGCUUGUCGGAGUGUUUCCGCUGAUCUGCUAGCCAAGAUGCAUGCUGGC